AUGUCUGACGUUUUUCAUGUCGUUGAACAUACUCAGCUUACUGCACAAAAAGAUCUAGUCUCAUGUAAUUUCAAGUGCAUUGAGCGACCCGAGACUAAAGUCGUUAUACUUGGCUCAAGUCUUUUCAUUUUUGACGGUGGAUUUAAGUUGAUUGACUCCUACAAACACAGCUGCAACCUACAGAAGGUUUGUGCUCCCACCACUGUGUUGUUUUUGCUUCUCCUUGAUGUGAAAAAUAUUGUGAACAUUUACGUUCCUGAAACCAACAGUUUGGCGUUUUCCUUGACACAAUUUGAAGGGAUUUCAGACGUGCAGCUGGUGAAAAGAUCUCCAGAGUAUUUUGAUCUUCUGUUGGUGUCACAAGAUACUCUCUUCAUAUGGAGAGAUCUCAACGCUUCACAGCUGCACUCAGAACUCGUGAAACGAAACUACGAAGAGUUGAAAAGUCACUUUAAAAGUUUUGAAUGCAUUCCUGUUGUGGGAAAGACGUUUUUAUGCUAUGACCUAAUUCUGAACACUAUUUGGAGUCUCCAGCUGAGGGGUCGUUGGUUUGUUACAGCGCACGCCAAAGAAUGCCGAAGCCCUUUCGCUCAGUGUCUCAUCGAUCCGUUCUCAGUUGUUGAGAAUGGCAUAUCGUUGCAAAAAGUGUCACUCAUUUGCGAAACAAUCUAUGCUGUGGCACUUUCUUGCUCAGGUCAAUUAUUCUUGUUUAAUUUGUUUGCUGGUGUAUGCUUGGGUCCCAUUACCAAAUAUUCCAAAAUUAGUGACUUCUGCAUUUAUCCCUUAACCAGCCAAACUGUAGUCAAUCCUGAUAGUGAAUACCCAGGCUUGUAUAGAAUUAUUAUCUUCAUCUUACGAGAUCUGGAAGAAAAUGAUCAACCAUCAUCUACCGGACCUACAAAAAUCUUGAAGUUAUUUUUUUUCCAAGGUAUCGAGUUAUUCAUCGUAUGCAUGUUGCUAAGGAAUCAUGGCUGCUUUCUGAUUUUGUUGUGGUGA